AUGGCUGUCAACUUGCAGCUGAAUAAUUCAAGCGCCAUUUAUCCAACGCUCAUGUAUGUGGCGGCCUCCUCCCUAAGGGGAUUGGGAUUGGGCCAAGAGGGAUCGGGUCUGCCGGAAAACAUAUCCAUCGUUUACGAUGCGGAUGCGGCCAAUGGGACGGGAAGUGCAUUCCCCAAUGGAACCGAUGCAGUGGCUCUCACCGAACCAGGACCCACGGCUCCAGUGACCACAUUUAAUUACUACAACGAGUCGGCAGCGGCCGCCGAGUGGGCCCACUUCUACGAUCUGGUUCUCUCCUGGCAGGGCAUAAUCCUGAUAGCCGUCUUUGCCACCUUCAUUGUGGUCACCGUCAUAGGGAACACGCUGGUCAUACUGGCCAUCCUGACCACCCGACGCCUCCGCACCAUCACCAACUGCUUUGUGAUGAGCCUGGCGGUGGCCGACCUCCGUGGCAUCUUCGUAAUGCCCCCCGCCGUCGCCGUCCAUCUCAUAGGCUCGUGGCAACUGGGCUGGGUGCUCUGCGACAUUUGGAUCUCCCUCGACGUGCUCCUCUGCACGGCCUCGAUUCUCAGCCUGUGCGCCAUCAGCGUGGACAGAUAUUUGGCAGUCACCAGGCCGCUCACGUACUCUCGUAAACGGCGCUCGAAACGAUUGGCCCUAAUCAUGAUCCUAAUUGUCUGGCUGCUGGCCCUGGCCAUCACCUGUCCGCCCAUCCUGGGAUGGUACGAGCCGGGACGAAGGGACCUGCGGGAGUGCCGGUACAACCAAAACGAGGGCUACGUCAUCUUCUCGGCCAUGGGCUCCUUCUUCAUACCCAUGGCAGUGAUGAUUUAUGUGUAUGCAAGAAUUUCCUGUGUCAUUGCAUCCAGGCACGACAAUAUGACCGACAUAAGUGUUCACAACAAGAAAUUCAAGCGCUACACGGCGGCGGACGUGGAGAACGAGCUGUCGGAGCAGGAGCAGCACAGUUCGGUGGGCCAGCGCCAGAGACAGGCCACCUCGAGGACCUUCUCCAACCAGACGAUAGCCAAGGAGCUGCACGACAUGAUGCUGAGCGACAGCGACAAUUGUCCAGGAGGAGGAGGUGGAGGGGGGAACCAUAACCACCACUGGAGGCACAGGCUCAGCCCCGGCACCCACUGUCAAUCCCUGCUGGCCCUGCCCUCCUCCGGCGGUGGAGGAGGUGGAGGAGGAGGUGCCUCCACUUUGGGCUGUCCCAAGAAUGGCUGCUACGAACUCACACGACCUCACUCGCUGAAGCGCACUUCCACCGCCUCGACAACCAUUACCACAAUGACCAGUGAUGGGCCGGGCAGCAGUCUCCUGGAUGCCCAAUGGCAAUCCCAGCCGCCGGGUGGCCCCAGUCAGGGCCAGAUCCAAGCCCACUCUCUCAGCCAGCCAACGCGACCGCACAGCUUUCGGCAUUCGCAUGGGGAGCGGGACAGGGACAGGGAGAAGGAUCGAUUGAGGAGCCAUCACCAUCAUCAUCCUCAUUACCAUCACCAGGCGAGCGUGACCGCCACUUCGAGCAGCGGUGCUGGUCACCAAACCACCAAUGCCAACAAAUCGCUGUCCAAUCGGAUUACCUCGCUGAAGAAGGAGAACAAGACCACUCAGACCCUGAGUAUUGUUGUGGGCGGCUUCAUCGCCUGCUGGCUGCCCUUCUUCAUCAACUAUCUGAUCACUCCAUUUCUGGCCGAACACCAGGCCAGCCAAAUGCUGGCCAAGGCCCUCACCUGGCUGGGAUGGUUCAACAGCGCCAUCAAUCCCUUCAUCUACGCCUUCUACAGCGUCGACUUCCGGGCGGCCUUCUGGCGCCUCACCUGCAAGAGGUUCUUCAGCGCCGGCCAAAAGCCCCAGUUCCCCACUAACACCAUGUCCAUCAGGCGAUAGAGCCCCCAUAUCCCAUCACCCAUAUAACGACUAAAAUAGAACAACAACCCUCUCAACACAAGCCCUGAACAAAUUGCCCUCGCAUAACAUAUUAUUAACUUAUUCAUUAACUUUAGGCGACGUCAUAAGGUGUGGUCCCUAAUUGCACCACCAGGCCAAGUGUAAUUGUUCUCUAGUUUCUCGUAUAAUUUAUUUCAUCGUCAGGGUUUGCUUCCGAUUCUGGAUCAUUUUGCCACUUUAGAGACGACCGUCGCCCACCAGGAAUUAUUCCACUGGUUUCUAUCCUUGAGUUAGGCAUUCGCUUGGAAACUAUUUGAAUAACAAUAUCGUAUUAUUUUUAAUUAUUCUAGGUCAUUCUAUAUUCUCAUUUGUUUUUAAACCAAAGAUCAAAAAUGUUUCCAUUAGAUGUGGUAGCAGAAAAACUUUAUAUAUGGAGACAGAGACUUUACUUACUGCAACACAAAAUUGUCUUAAUGAAGUUCGGCUCAAGGAGGUUGGACUGUAAAAGAAAGCCAUACCUUGUACAUAUAUGCAACUGCAGGCCGUGGUUUCAAGGUAUUUCUGCAUGCGGAAUACGUUGAAAAUCUGAUACGCGGCAGCACGUAUCGAUUUAGUAAUUUCCGCGCGACUUUUCCGCUCAGCGGGCGGCGCCUGUAAAAUGGCAACAUUUGCCUUGGAUGUUGGCUUUUUGCUGGGGCGCCAAGACAGCCCGAGUUGGCCAAUGGCACAGACAGUUUAGAUGGAUGAGAAAACUUGUUUAUAUGGCUCACCGAAAUUGCGCACAUUGCUCAUACUCUAAAAUUCAGCCGCGUGCUUGUGGGACGGUCACCUUUUCGGUGGUAUUGCGGUGGUGGUGACCCCGACCGACCCUGUCCGAGUGAGUUCCGCAUUCCCUUUGGCCAUUUACGAUGCAACUCGGUCCUAUCUCACUUAAAUUUAGUGCAGUCAUAUAUGAUAUCUGGGUACCAUAAACCAUAAGCCGUAUAUUAGAGAUACGGGCUGAUUGAUUUACAUGAACAGGAAGUGAAAUCAGUGGAAUAUUUUAGGUGGAUCAAGUCGAGAAUUAGCUUUAAUCAGCUUUAUCGGAAUGCCAGUUAAAAACAGUUACUGUGAUUUAGUUUAUAGUUGAAGUCGGCUGGAACUUCAUGAGUUUUCCUUUAGUCUUAAACAAAAAAGUGCAGAGUGUGUGACUGUAAGCGAAUGUGCGAAUGAGGUAUAAUACCGUCUAGUAUAAUUUAAGGCAUAAUUUAUUCAGGCCAUCAACAGCUUAGCUAACCCAGAAAGUAGGUCUAAAUUUCGUGUUGUACCAAGCAAUCUACAUUUUGUAAACUCCAUCCAUUGCCGGCGGUGGUGUGAAGUGAAGUCAUAAGCGCAAUCAAUAGGAUGGCAAUCAAUGCUACGACAUAGGGAUUAAGUCAGGUGCUCAUCAUCAGCGUGUACUGUAUGCUGACCCCAACCCAUCCCUGGUGUCAGUACCUUCAAUCCUUCUGAAUUUUUAGCUCUCACAUGUCUGGCCUAACAAGUCAAACAGAUGCUCCGGGUGAGAGGGCUUCCGAUUCCGACGAACCCGUCGAAAAAAGCAAACACGGCGGAUGGAGCUCAUCAUCGCACAGCCCUCAUAUCAUAUCGCAUCCCCUCUUUCAUUCCGGUUGAUAUCAUAUACAUAAUCCGCAUAAUCUGCAUAUAUAUUAAUAGUUGUAUGUACGAACAGCAUUUUUUGGAACCGAACAAAUAAAUAGACAAUUUGCAAAAAGACAAAAGUUCCCCAAAGAGUAAGAGAUUGUUU